UAAUGCAAUAUGGCAGCACCUGAUCGUCUGAAUUUUCCAGGUUCCUUGAAUGUUAGAAGCCAAAAGGACUGGCACACAUUAUGUAGUGAGUACAAUCUCUGCAAGCGCAAGCUCCAGGCCAAGAAAGAUGCAUUAUUGAUCCUUGCAGAAGAGCUGGACAAUGUCCGACAAGAGAAAGAUGCUUUCCGUCUUAUGGCUGAACAGCUGAGAGAGAAAUAUCAAACACUCAAGAAACAAUGUUCUGACAGAGAAAGGGCUUUGGGACUAUCAUCCAAUGAAAGUGACCCAGUAUCAGAGAGAAGGAAUCAUAGUCUAGCCCAAGUACUACGGGAAGCUAGAGAACAGAAUAAGAAAGCUGAAGCUAAAAUAGCUGACUUGGAACAGAAACUGCUGGAAGCCCAAGGUGAUAUCAAGCUACUAAGAGAGAAUAUUGCCAGACAGCGGAUCGGAGAUGAUGGAAUUGGAACCAGACAUUUUCCAGCUCAUGAACGAGAGGGACUUGUCAAUCAGCUUGAAGCAGCAAGAGAACAGCUUCAAGCUUUAGAGAGAGACCUUGUUGCUAAGAUAGAUGAGCAGACAGAGCUGGUUACCGAGCGAGGUUACUUCAGAGACAAAGCUGAACGACUUAAUCAAGAACUCAAUUAUGUCUUAGCGGGUGAUGAGAAGAGAAUUGUGGAUGUAGAUGCUCUUAUUAUGGAAAAUAAGUAUGUGAAGGAGAGAUUGAAACAGGCUCUGGAAGAAAAAAGUAUUGCCCACGCUACAGUCUCUAAAUACAAGACUGCCCUUGAGAGACGAAGAGGCAAAAACACCAUUAAGCUGGGAUCAACAACAAGUGGAGGGCUCUUGGUGUCACCAAAACAAGUUGAGCAGCUUCUUGCUGAGGGUAAAUCAGGAGGUAUAGCAGCAACACCUUCAUCCGUUGCUGAUCUACAGUCAUUAGCAUCAGCUCUACUCGAUACCAUACAUGAUAAGAAUAUGGCUCUUAACCACCAUAGAAAUACAAAUAAAAUACUUGGUCAGCGAGUGGCAGAACUGGAAAAGAAAUUGAAGACCCUUGAGAUAUCAGGACUAUGGAACCUGCCUCCUGGUAGAAAUGCUGCUUUUGUUGCCAAUGAAGCUCAGAACAUGAAAGCUGGUCAGUCAUCCCUGGUACCCCGCCAAGCAUCAGAUGCAAGUGAUGAUACAAAUCUUGUUGGAAUUGAAAGUGUGACCAGUUUAACCUCAUCAUUAAAUUCCAGUACUACAAGUUCACCAAGUCACCAGCUGGGAUCUUCACAUAGUGAUAAUAGCAGCUUGCUGACCCCAAGACAAGAUGAACUUACAGAAGAUGAGGAAGAGUUAAAUGAGUUGAGUCAGCUGAUGCAUGCAACUCGUGGUGUGGAGUCUGAGGCAUUGAGUAUUCAAUUAAGCAACAACAAAGCAAUAACAUCGACAGAUUCAACAGUCAAAGAGUCGGGAGACUCAGUGGCUCAACCAACAAGGAUUCCCACCUAUCCAUCACCAGACAACUCGUCUAAUGAUACAGUCGAUGAAUCACUGGCACUUCUCAACAAUAUCUCUGAAUCAGAAGACAUUCCUCCAGUUAGUCACAUCAACCUGGAUGUUAGUAACUACUUGGGUGAAGAUGAGGAGCCCGUUUGUGAAUUUAAGACUCUGCCUGAAUACCUUGAUACUCCAGAAGGCGAUACUACAGAUACAUACAGUGGUUUGAGGAGUCCAUCUUAUUCAGCCAUUUCAACUCGUCCUGAGACUGAAAUGCAGGAUGAAUUGAACUCUGUGGAAGAUUUACUAGAGACUGUUUCUGAGAAGCUGUCGAGUCGAUACCGAGACUCCUCAGUUGGCUCUACAGCAGGUCAAGAAGGAGCUCAAGAAGGCUCACCGAGACCUUGUUCUCCAUUACUGUGUAGAGAACAACAAGCACCGAGUAAAGAUAAAACAACAUCAUUGAUAAAUGUAGACACUACGGCUCACUGUGUGUAAACAAUAAUGCAAUCACAACCUUGCCUGUUGUCUGUAUUGUGCAAUAUAUUCCCACAGUGUAUUCAUUGCACAUCAUUCCUGCCCACCAUUUUAGGUAUCAAGUUAAAAAAGAUAUGACAUGUAUCAAUGAAUCCAUCCUCCUACCCUAGACCUUAAUCCAACCUCCAACAGAACUAAUAAUCCUGUUGGUAGACCACUCCCACUGGACUCAAAGUGGCUCCAACAAUUCAUAACCAUUUUCACAAAAUGACAAAUCCACCAUAUUUAAAUAACAUUCUUUGCUGUAAGCAUAUUCACCAAGUUUCAUCACAUAAAAUUUAUAGUCUUUGUCAAUUUACACAUUAAAAUAUGUAUGAGUGACAUGUGGUUCCAAAAAGUGACCGAUCCCAGUCAAGUUUCUGUGUACAGUACUUUGCAAGCAGGUCAAAUAUGUUUAGGACUUUUAACUAAUAACAAAAGUUGCAAGAAUGAAAGAUUCUGACAGUACUGAAUGACUAACGUUGUCAGGAUUUUUUAUAGUAAAAUGCUAAAGAUAAGGGAUAAGGGGCGUCCAUAGAAGCAGUUUCUUUGAAAAAUAGUUCAAAUUAUGACAAAAUAUGGCACUGUGGCCGUGUGUUGAGUUCAUUUCUGUGUGGAAACCAGAAAUCAUUUUAAAAUUCCAUACAUAACACUUUGCACUAGUUUUUCUUAUAGGUACUUUUGUUUAGGAUUUGUGAAAUAAACUUGGUUUUUGGGUGGGAGGGGGCUUUUGCAUAAAAGUUUUGCAGAGACUCCACUUAUUAUAUUGAAAAUAUAAUUUUGGACAUAAAGAUGUAAUGCAUGUAUAUUUGACUGAUUACAAGUGUUGAUCAAGAAGAUUUGAUAUUUAAAGGUGUCUAUUUAUUUUUAACAUGUAAUCUGGUUGAAGGUUUAUAAAUUGUUUUUCUGAGUUGAAAAGUUGCAAUAUAUUAUAUGGGUGUAAGGGUAAAACCAAAUGAUAUUCUUUAUCUCCGAUCAAAUUUAACAUCUAUUAGUAUAUUAUCUGUUUUAAGUUAUUGGAGAUUUAAUGCUGCCCAUAUUUUAAUUUAUUAUUUAUUUAUAUGAAUGCUAUUUAUUUAAUAUUUUAUUGAUAUUCACUAUAAAAUGACAAUAUAUAAGAUGCAAUGUUAUGUAAUAAGGUACCAUAGGUUGGGUGUGUGUGUGUGUUUUUGGUGUGAUAAGUGAGUUCCUAUUAUAAAAUACAUGUUAUUUAAAAGCCCAGUGAUUUGCCAUCAGGUUUUUGGUUUGGGGUUGUUUUAUUUUCUCUCUUUUUUGUUGGGGGGGGGGGGUGUCCUCCUCUCUCAUUUUUGUUCUAUCACGUGGCCUGGUGGUCAGCAGUUGUAACUCAAAGCAUUUAAUUAUGAAUUUAUGUUAAUAUUUUGACAAAUUCAAACUUGGAUCAAGGGAAUAAAGAGAUCCCUAUUGUAAUUGGUGAUUGAGAGUAAAAAGCUCAACGUGUGCUCCCUGGAAGUUCAGAUAGUUCCAAUAUGUUUCUGGCAACAAAUUACCAGGGUAAUUCACAUUCACACUGCACUCAAUCAUUCAACUUGUGUUCAUUAUCUAUAUUAUUUUGCUUGUUACUAUUUGCCUUGUGCUAUAUUGGAAUAUGGUUUUUAUUGAUGUUUAUAAUUGUGUUUAUAUGUUGCCUUGUUUGUGAAUGUUUAGGGUGGUGAGGUUUUGAGAUGCUGAGGUGGUAUGUUUGGGAUGGUGAGGUGGUAUGUUUGUGAUGGUGAGGUGUCGGAAUGCUGAGGUUUGUUUAGGCUGGUGGGAUGUUGGGGGGUAUGUCUGGGUGGUGAGAUGUUUUGGGUUGUGGGAUGUUUGGUUUAUGUUUGCGAUGGUGAGGUUAGGAAGUUUCUUUGUCUCAAAUCAAGUGUUGGUUCACAAGCAGAGCUGAUGUUUUUGUUUUGAUGUAUUUCCCAUGGUGACUCUUCGGUGAUGAGUACAUGAUCUCAUUGCAUUUGGAAUAAUUAAUUACACCUAAAUUUACUAUAGUUAAAAAACACAGAAACUGUGAAAGACAUGAUUAUUGUCCUAAAAAGUAUAUAUAGAUAUUAAUAAGUGAAUAGAACAAAAUGUAUAUAAGUAUAACACCUUGGUAUUUCGUUUUUGAGACCAAUAAAGAAAUGAUAGUUGGUAUUAUUGA